AUGGCCACCUUCUCCUUAUGGGCAACUUUUGGAUUAUGCUUGCUGAAGCUUUGUCUAACAGAAACACAAUUCAAUGUGAGUUGCAGAUAUGGAGGAGUUUUUCAUGUUGAGAAAAAUGGUCGCUAUAGUCUCACACGAUCUGAAGCAGUUGAACUCUGCAAAGCCCUCAACAGUACCUUGUCAACACUAGAGCAGUUGAAGAAAGCUCAUGAGCUUGGAUUUGAAACUUGCAGGUAUGGCUUUGUAGUGGGGCAUAUUGUUAUCCCACGAAUCAAUCCCUACCAUCUUUGUGCAGCAAAUCAUACUGGCAUUUACAUGCUUUCAUCAAACACAACUGGCCGGUAUGAUGCAUACUGUUACAAUGCAACAGAAACAAGGGACCAAGCGUGUGAUCCAAUUGAAAAACUAGAUAUUUCUUUCCUCGGGAAUCAGAGUGAAAUAGUCAUUGACAACGCAGAUGGCUCACGUUACAACGCGGAUGGCACACGCCAUGGCGGAGAGUCCUCGACCUCAGGCGCGGAGGAGGAAAAUGUAGGCAGUGGGUUGACACAUGACACAACUCCCAUGGACGCCUCCAUCAGAAGAUCCAGCCCCUCGUAUUAUGGAAGUGCUACUCCGGCCUCACAGCUGCCAGAUCACUCUUCUGGAGGGGGUGAAAAAGAAUAUCCUACAAAAGAUUUUGAUUACAGAGUUUCUUCUCUAUCACCUGACGUCUCCUCGGUGGCAGCAGUUGAUGAUUACACUGAAAAAGACGAUGGACAGUAUCCUGCCAGUACUAGACCUACCUCUGGUAUCUAUGGUGAUCGAGGAUCACACAAGGGACAUUAUGAAUCUACUACUUUCCCUGGAGAAACCACCACAACGACAAUAGUUUCACAGCCAAGGUCAGCCCACGUACCAGAGUGGCUGAUCAUCGUGGCUGCUCUCGUGGCCCUGGCGCUGGUCCUUGCAGUGUGCAUAGCUGUGAACAGCCGGAGAAGAUGUGGUCAGAAGAAAAAACUAGUGAUUAACAACGGCAAAGGGGCAGUGGAGGACAGGAAGACCAGUGGAUUAAAUGGAGAUGCCAGCAAAUCACAAGAAAUGGUGCACUUGGUUCAUAAAGAACAGUCAAAUGACCGAACAGGAGCAUGUGACGAAUUCCUGACCGUUAAUGAAACACAAAAUCAUCAGGAGCUUGACAUGAAGAGUGGCGUGUAG